CCAAAUCUAAAGCAUCACUCAAAGGCUGGCCGCUCACCUGCUGUAUCAGGCUAUCGGAAUACCUCGUUUAAUCCAGCCGAUGGCGAUUAUCGCAGCUAUCGUUCCACCCCUCACUUGUUACAUUGCGGCAGGGUCACUUACUCGCGGACUUACAGAUAAUCAAGGGCUUGCAGAUAACAUGGGCUACUCUGUCUGCAGCGAACCACAAUCACGCAGUCGCGAAAACGACCAGACCUGGGCCGGGGCCCACGGGGACAGUGCCUUCACGUCACAGCAAAGAGGAGAAGAGUCGAGAAAACAGUUCACGGAGCACUGUGUCGAGGGUCACUGAAACAAAAAUUGACCCUCUGUUGCGUCUUCUGACAUCACAAACAAUAAUCAACAAGCACGGCUAAGCGAGCAGAUGGUGGCGAUGGAAACGCGGGAGAGUCGAGGAGACUUCGCAACAAAAUUCGGAGAUGGACGAUUGCGAAAGCAUGCAUU